AUUCAUUACCCACAUUGGACCUAUCCCCUCUAAUAUUCAUACUCCCUAGGUAUUUCCAAGGGUUGAAGUAUUAAAGACAUGCAUGUAAGAUAUAUAAUAAGCCCAAAAAUUAAAUACAUGUUAUCUUUUAAUAUAUCACUCUUAUAUUGAAGGCAACAUCCAGGGUGCCAUUAAGCAAUGAAUAUAGUUUGAAGGAAUUGUCAGGAACAGCAAAUUUGAUGACUGCAAAUGACUCAGAGCAUACCCAGAAACCAGUGUCCCCUCCUGGAGAAGCAUGUGCCUUUGAAAAGCAAACUGGACAAAAAUCGGAACUCGAGAAAGGAGAUUGAUGUGAAGAUGUACAGCCCACAAGAAAGAAAGGGCCAUGUGUACCAAGAGGUCAAUGAUCCCCAGGAUGAUGAUUACCUUUAUUGUGAGAAGUGUCAGAACUUAUUCAUCGACAGCUGUGCUGUGCAUGGGCCCCCUACAUUUGCAAGGGACAGUGCAGUGGACAAGGGGCAUCCCCACCGCUCAGCCCUCACCCUGCCCCCUGGGUUGAGAAUUGGGCCCUCGGGCAUCCCUGAGGCUGGGCUUGGAGUGUGGAAUGAGGCAGCUGACUUGCCAGUGGGUCUGCACUUUGGCCCUUAUGAAGGACACAUCACAGAAGAUGAAGAGGCAGCCAAGAGCAGAUACUCCUGGCUGAUCACCAAAGGGAGAAACUGCUAUGAGUAUGUGGAUGGAAAGGACAAAUCCUGGGCCAACUGGAUGAGGUAUGUGAACUGUUCCCGGGAUGAUGAAGAGCAGAACCUGGUAGCCUUUCAAUACCACGGGCAGAUUUUCUACCGAACCUGCCGGGUCAUCAGGCCGGGCUGUGAGCUGCUGGUCUGGUUUGGGGACGAGUAUGGCCAGGAGCUGGGCAGCAAGUGGGGCAGCAAGUGGAAGAGAAAGCUCAUGUCCAGGAGAGCGGAACCAAAGCCAGAGGUGCACCCAUGUCCCUCCUGCUCUCUGGCCUUCUCCACUCAGAAAUUCCUCAGCCAACACGUGAAACUCAAUCAUCCCCCUCAGAUUCUCCCGGGAACAUCUGCAAGAAAACACCUCCAAGCAGAGGAGCCCUGUCCAGAGGAUCAGAAUCAGCAGCAGCAACAUACUAGUACACACAGCUGGAAUGAUAAAGCUGAAGGUCAAGAGGCCAAAGAAAGGUCCAAACCUUUGCAUAAAAGGAUCAGUCAGAGGAGAAUCUUAAGACCCUUUUUCCAACCUGCCAAAGAAUGAAUGAGGAGCUCUAGUGAGAAUGAGAGACUGAGGGAGGAAGAGCCCCGCAGAGGCCAGAAACAGAGUCCAGAGGGCACAGGCAAGUUAUUUGUGAAAGCAGGAAUGUCAAAAAUUGAAACAAUCCAGCACAGAGGGUGUUGGCAAGGCUUCAGUGAUGGGUCACAUCUCAUCAGAGACCAGGGGACACACUCUGGGGAGAAGCCCUAUGUUUGCAGGGAGUGUGGGCGAGGCUUUACACAGAAGUCAGUUCUAAUCACACACCAGAGGACACACUCAGGGGAGAAACCCUAUGUUUGCAGGGAGUGCGGGCGAGGCUUUACAUGCAAGUCAGGUCUCAUCACACACCAGAGGACACACUCUGGGGAGAAGCCCUAUGUUUGCAGGGAGUGUGGGCGAGGUUUUA